UAUACAAUCGAAUAACGUUCCUUUAUUACUACACAAUUUAAUCAGUAUUUCAUUUAUUGUUCGAGUAUACUAUAUACUCGGAUAUCUGUAAUACGAUGUGAUGUGUUGUUUGCAUAAAAGAAAGUAAAAAGCUGAUCAAAAAGAUUCACGAUGAAUAGUUUACUAGCCGAAAUUGAAAAGGCUUAUUUAAGCCACAUCAAUGUCAAUGAGUUGGAUUACAGCAAGAUGUACAGCUCGGAUAUAUGUCGGGCUUGUCUGGGGAGCAAAAACCUCCAGUCCCUCUUUACUCAGCAAAGUCACAUAGCCGAUGGCGAAAGUAUUCUCCUCAAAAUGUUUAUUUCUUGUACAGCACUCGAUGUCUCCCAAAACGACGACUACCCGAAAUACAUCUGUAAUUCUUGCUUGGAGGAUUUGUACAGGGCUUAUGUGUUUUGGAAAAAAUGUCGAAACUCUGUAGGAGAAUUGGACAAACUAAGAGGUAAGACUCAUACUGUAUAUAUCAAAGAAGAGACUAAUCCCUUCCCUGAUGUUACGAGACUCGACAUGGCUGAUAUCAAAGAGGAAGUCAACCCUUUGCUCUACGAAGUCGAUGUCAAUCUUGAAGAAGGCGGAGAGAUUGAUAUGCUAAACCAACGCACCACCAGGAACAACAGUUCUCCUAAAAAAGUCACGCCGGUGAAGACUCCAGGUAGACGCGGUCGCAAACCUGGUUCAAAAAAUAAGAAAACCAAGCCUAAAAAGUAUGACAGUUCCUCUGAUGAAGAGUUUUUGAGUGAGAUUGUGUCAAAAAGCAAACCACAGCCUGAAGUAAAGGCACCAGAGAUUGAUAAAGAUGAUGAUGACGGUCAUGACGAUAGAGAUGAUGAUUUUGAUGAUAGAGACGAAGACUACAAACCUGAAGAAGAAGAAGAGUACGCUGAAACAAAAACCUCACCUGCUAAAGAAGUUUACGACGGUCUUAAAUGUAACCAAUGUGAUAAGAAACUAGCAAGUGAGGAGGAAAGACUCAAACACAUCUGCCGGAGCUUUGCAUGCAAAUAUUGCAACAAGAAAUUUGAUACAUAUGACAAAAGGUACAAGCAUUUACGAAUACACACUCAGCCUCAUAAAUGUGAGUUAUGUUUGAAGACUUACGCAACCUCAAAUGCUUUAAAAGUCCAUGAGCGUGUUCAUACUGGUGAAAGACCAUUCCCGUGCAACGUUUGUGGCAAGGCUUUCAAGACAAAAGGACAUUUGGACAACCAUUCCGUUCGGCACACCGGUGAACGUAAACAUUUAUGUAUAUAUUGUGACAAAACAUUUAUUCGAAGUUCUCUCCUCAACAAGCAUCUCAAGACCCACGAAGAGUACCAAGUUGACCCAAGGGAUAUCAAAGAAAAAGUACCUCCUGGGGAGAGAAUCUUUUUGUGCCAAAUCUGCGGCAGGACCCUCAAAACCCACAAAAAUCUCCAACAACACAUCAUCAGUCAUUCCGACUUUAGACCUUACGAGUGCAAAACCUGCAACAAGAGAUUCAAAUUCAAAUCUAAUCUACAAGUGCACGAGUUAACGCAUGCCACAGAAAAGAAAUUUGAGUGUGACCAAUGUGGGGCCAAAUUCUUGGUACGAGACUCCUUAAAAUGCCAUAUCAAACGACGACACUCCAAUGUCAGACCUUAUGUUUGCAAAAUAUGUUCAAAAGGAUUCAAAUUCUCCUACAAACUCACUGUUCACGUACGACAGCACACCGGGGAGAAGCCUUAUGCUUGUCAGGAAUGCAGUAUGGCAUUUGUUUGUUCGAGCAGACUCAAGAUGCACAUGUUGAAACACACCGGUAUAAGAAACUACUCGUGCCCGGUGUGUGAUAAGAGAUUCCUGAUGCCGCAGCAUGUAAAGACACAUAUGAUAACACACACAGGUGAAUGCAAACAUAAAUGUGAGAUUUGUCAGCGGACAUUUAGAUAUUCACAAAUGUUGAAGAACCAUAUGAAGACGCAUGGGGAGCCUCCAAGGGUGCAGAUGACUGUAAAUGUGUAAUUGACUUGUAAUUGAUAAAAAGAAGAAGAGAUAAUCAUGAAGUACGAGAUCGGUGGAAUCAAUCUUGAAUUUUAUAUAUACAAAUAUAUAUUCCGCUGGUAUUUCUCUCAAUUACGGAAGUAUUACAAGUAUCAGCCCUAAGUAGUGAAGUAAUUAUUAAUAAUUAUUAAUUUUACAUUAUAUCUGUUAAAGGAUUGAAAACUAAUUGAACAUACAAAAAUCUGAA